UGUUAGGGUCACACAUGUCGCUUCUAACAGUAAAGAUAAGGGUUUAUGCGCCUUUUGUGAAAAGCAAAAACAUGCUAUUUUCAUGUGUCCUAAAUUUAAAUUAGCCUCUGUGCAAGGUUGUAUUCAAUACAUUAAGGAUACAAACCGCUGUUAUGUCUGUUUAAAUUCUCACACAGAUAAGUGCAAAUAUAACUUUAAAUGCAGGUUCUGUCAGAGGGAUCACAACUCACUUCUACAUGAAGAUGACCAAAAAUAAGGAGGUUUCGUUAUCCUCAAAUGAAGUCACGAAAAAUAUAGUGCUAAAUAGUGAUAAAUAUGGUCGUGUGGAAUGUGUUAAAGCACUUCUUGACGGUGGCGGUCAAGGUUCUUUUAUCAAGCAGUCUCUCAUUGACAAACUAGGGCUGAAAGUCAAUACAGACAAGACAACUAAAAUAAUAGAUAUUGCCAAUAAUAUGUCUUAUUUAAAUAAAACUGUAAAAAUUUCAAUUCAUUCAUGUGCUUAUGAGUUAAAGUUUGAUGUGACCUGUCAUGUAGUGGAUAGUGUUACAACAACUUUGCCUCAGCAUUAUGUUGACAUUUCUCAUUUAAAUAUUCCAAAAGAUCUCAAUCUUUCAGAUGUAAGCUUUAAUAUUCCUUCAGAAAUCUCCAUAUUGAUAGGUGCAGAUUUAUAUUUCAAUUCUAUUUUGGAUAGAAUUAUGUCGUGCAGCCAGGAAAGGAGCUUUUAAAAAAUAUAUUUUAUUUAUUUUAUCAGACAACUAUACUGUAAGAAGGUUACAAACAAACUGAAGAUUUCAACUAACUUAUCUCUAAGGAAAACAUGAGGACACAAAUAUGCUUUGUAUUACAAGACAAUAUCAAUGUUAUCAGACCUACAUACAUCGGUACUUAAGAUUAACUUAUUCUACUAGUUAUUUAUUUGAUUAGCUCCAAGUUGGAGGUUGAGAUUCGAAAACAGUGGGAACUCCAGGUUAGUCAAUCUUGUGGUGAACAGUAACUAUUCAAUAAAUAGUUAAUGAACACUCACCAUUUGUUUAGAUAUAUAUACAGAUAUGUUUACCUUCAUUUUAUUAAAAAAUACGCAUCACUUUCAUUUAUACAAUUCUUGUCAUAUUCUGAAAGUGUAAUAAUUUGCGCAACUAUUACCAAGUAGAAACUCCCUGUAAGAUGAUUUCAUACCAAACUAUGUCUAUAGACACACUAAUAAACCCUUAAGGUGUCAUCUACUGGAUAGUUUACCUUAUAGAUUUCUUACACUUUUGAACUGCAUUCGCUUUGACGAUGUAGAAACCAGACAGCAACGACUACAGACUGACAAACUGGCAGCAAUUUCGGAUAUAUUUGAAAAUUUUAUGUCUAAUUGCAAAAAAAUUUAUAUACCCGGUGCUUACUUAUGCAUAGAUGAAAUGCUUGUUCCCUUUAGAGGCCGAUGAAAGUUCAUAAUUUAUAUGACCAAAAAAACAGCAAAAUACAGACUUAAAAUGUUGUUAGUUUGUGAUGCUGAGACAUUUUAUGUCUACGAGUAUAAUGCUUAUAUCUACUGUGGCAAGGAAUCGGACGGUUUACGUUUACCAGAAGAUGAAAAGGAGUACAAAAAAAUGUAUAAUUAAUAAUGUUGGCGCCGUUUCCACUACUACACAACAGAUGGCGCUGUAUGUUUAUUAAAUAACGAUAUUGAUGUGUUUUUCUUGCUAUACAUAUACUCCUUGCAUGUCGCGAUUUCUUCGGUGUCUUUUUCGGUGGUUUUCUUUGUGUUCUUGAGGUCGCUUGUGUUUUGUAGUGUUCGGUCGUUUCGUUUGGUUGGUUGUUGGAUUGGGUCGUCCAAAUACCGAACACAGUUUCGUAGGAGUGUGAACAAAUAAUUAAGUUCAUACUAUUGACAUAAAUUGCGUAGACGUCUAUAAAACCUCAGAUCACCAUUUACGAGUCGUCCAAACCACAUCAUUACUUAAUAAUUUUUUUUCUUUUCCCCGGAGAUGAGGUGGAGGAACGUCAUAUUUCUUUAAGUAUGUAAGCUAGUGUUAGUUUUAAGACACAUUAAAUCAGAGCGUUAUCCAAAGCAAACGUGUUCGCUAUUUCGCUCCUCCCCGCACUCCACACCUCAUUGUUUCUAAUUUCAAAUUGUUGAAUAAUUUAAGUUAUUUUGAAGUAGUGACCCUUUGAAAAGGAGGGUAACGAGGGGGGAGGGGAUAACCCUCCCACCUCAUCAUCUAAACGUAUUCGCGUUAAGAAUCGUGGUGGUGAUGCCAAGAUGGACAUUGAAGUUGGUAGUGGCGGUGAGCGUAAUGACUCUUAUCUACCUUUUCUAAAACCUAACUACAAAAGACUAUAUCCUGAGAACUCGGUAAAUACUGAAUUCAAAGUAUUUGUGGAAGCCACUAAUAGAGAUAGACUGGCAAACAAGAGCCCAACAUAUUUGAACCAUAUAUUUGCAAACGAAAUUAAAGGUGUGACGGCAAUUCUGACUUGAAGAUGAUUAAAGAAUUCUAUAUAUCCAGAGAGCAGUUCAAUGAGGUUAAGAAAGAGCUGAAUUCUGUUUCCGACCGUGUUUGUAAUAAAAAUAACCAGAUAUUCGUCAAUACGCAACCCAAAAGUCAUUUAAAAAAUAUUAAACCAGUAUUAGAAAAUAAAAUCGCCGACCUGAGCACAUAACGAUUAAUAAUAAUUUGAAUGAGUGUUUGUCGUUUGUUGAAACUAUAAAGCUAUCCUUGUCGCACUCGCAGGACACAGUACUACCUGUAUCGCUUACACCGUCGUCAAAGGACGCGAGCGCUAAGUGGCGUGUGGAGGCCUCUAAAGAGACCGGGGUUUCGAACGCCGAAACCGCACCUGCGCCCGAGCAGGAGCGAGGCCUCGAAAUGGGCCACGGCACGUGUAUGAAUCAAAAAAUUGAUAAUAAUAUUUUUGAAAACGCGGGCUCACUUCUGCCUACCAAUGAAGAAUAGAAGUCUAAUCAAACCAAUUAUGUUAAGUGGGAUGAGGCGGUAUCGGAUGAGCAUAAACUGAGCUGGGGGGUGAGGCAAGGGGGGCUGACAUCACCCAGACUUUUCAACCUUUAUAUGGAUGGACUAAUCCGUGAGCUCAGCGGUACUGGUAUAGGCUGUUCCUUAGAUGGCACCAUGAUAAAUAAUAUAAGCUACGCCGAUGAUAUGGUACUGCUGAGCCCAUCGUUGAGCGGUCUUCGUAAAUUGAUCUCCAUCUGCGAGUGCUACGCCGAGGCCCAGGGUCUCAAGUACAAUUCUACUAAGAGUGAAGUGAUGAUCUUCAAAGCAGGCUCGAAGACAUAUGACAUACCACCAGUCAUAUUGAACAACCAUCCUCUCAAGAGAGUGGAGAAAGUGAAGUACUUGGGGCACUGGGUCACGGUUACACUUAAUGAUGACUUAUAUAUAGAAAGAGAACGCAGGGCAUUGUCAGUCAGAGCGAACAUGUUGGCUCGAAGGUUCGCACAAUGUACCAAACCCGUGAAAAUUACACUUUUUAAAGCUUACUGUCAGUCCCUUUAUACGUGCAGCCUAUGGGUCAAACGUUCGCAAAGGGAUUACAAUGCCUUGCGGGUUCAAUACAACAAUGGGUUUAGGGCCCUGUUGGGGCUGCCGCGCUUCUGUAGCGCGUCUGGGAUGUUUGCUGAUGCUGGUGUUGACGGCUUCGCCGCAUUGAUCAGGAAGAGAGCAGCAUCCCUGAUGCGGCGGGUGCGGGACAGCGCCAACAGCUACCUACAACUCAUUGCCGAUAGAGUAGGAUUGGACUGUCCAGUGCUGGCCAUGUGGACACGUCUGCAUGUGAUCUGAAGAGUUUUGUUU